AUGGCGGUGAACAUUCCUGGAAUAAUCGCUGUAGUUGUGUUUUACUUGAUUAUUCUUGCUAUUGGAAUUUACGCGGGAAGAAAAACCGCCAAAUCCAGCAACACAGAAGAACUUUUGGUAGCCAACCGUGGAAUGGGAUUAAUUGUUUCGUUUUUUACUAUGACUGCUACUCUGGUUGGAGGAGCCUAUAUCAAUGGAACUGCAGAAAUUAUGGCAUCUAAUGGAAUUGUAUGGACGCAAGCCCCAGUAGCAUACUGCUUAGCUUUCCUGAUAGGUGGUAUUUUUUAUGCGCCCAGGAUGAGGAGAGCUGGUUAUAUCACCAUGUAUGAUCCAUUUCAACUUAAGUUUGGUAACCGUGUUGGUGCCUUGAUGUGUGUGCCACAGUUUCUGGGAGAUCUCUUCUGGACGGCAGCAAUUUUAGCAGCGUUAGGUUCUACGAUAUCUAUAAUAUUAGAUAUUGACGAAACAAUGGCUAUUAUUAUAUCAGCAUGUGUGGCUGUAUUCUACACGUUCCUUGGAGGUUUGUGGUCAGUUGCUUUAACCGAUGUCGUUCAACUGAUCUGUAUUGCUGUAGGAUUGCUUAUAGCUGUGCCAUUUGCAAUGACGCAUCCAUCUGUAGAUUUUAGUACAGUCAGUGAAACGUGGCAGGGUAAAAUAGAGACAACACAGAUAGGAAGUUAUAUUGAUGUAUAUGGUCUGCUUCUUCUAGGUGGUAUACCAUGGCAGGAAUAUUUAAGCAGUAAAGAAAUACACAACAAAUAA